AUGUCAUGGAGUGACCCAAAUUCCAAGACUAAAAAUUAUGCAUUUAUUUUAGAUUAUGCAAAAGAUGGAGACUUGCAUCAUUUUCUAAAUAAAAACUUUGUAAAAAUAACAUGGAAAGAAAAAUUAAAUUUUUUAUCAGAUAUUGUUAGAGCAAUUAGAAGAAUUCAUAAUAAGAAAAUUUUAUAUCGAGAUUUACAUAGCGGCAAUAUCCUUAUUAAAAAUACUGCUUUUAUUUCAGAUUUAGGAUUUA